UUACUCUUAGAUAGAGCAAAGCGGGAAGCAGUUUCCCUUUUAUCUGUGAAUAAACAUGCAGCUUUUUCUAGCCUAAGCUCUUAAAAUAUGGUUAUGGUUGUGUAAUAGCUUCUGGCUUCCCAGCUCCUCCAGUAGCCGGUGUGCUCUCUCAGGAAAUCAAGUCAUAUCUUCCUUUGAAAAGAUCCAAAAAAAUAUCACCCUAACCUGCUGGGAAGCAGCAAAAGACUCCAAGUUUCUUUUGGGUUUGUCAGCCGACCUUCCUCGGGCCAGAUAACAGAGGGGUCUGGAGUUUCAAACCCACAUGCUUCAGCUUAAGCUGAAAGUGCAGGUUGUGCUCACAGUCCCACUGAGGCAAUCAAUAAGCUUCUGCCUCUUUUCCUGGGGGCUUGUGAGAUGGUUUUCUGUUUGUAUUUCUUUUACUCAGAGCAGUCCCCUGGCUGUUUAUUAUCUCUUUAGCCAUUCUUGCAGACCUGCAGGCACUAUGUUUCUUAGGUGUGUGUACAGCCACUGCCGAAGGGAAAUAUUUUUCUAUUCAGUUCUGCUCUUGCAGCUGCUGAAGUGAAACCUUCCUCUCCUGUUUUUUUAGGGAAAAAAAAGGCAAAAAUGAGGAAAGCCUACUUUAGCUUUGGGAGACAGCAGGUAUCAGAAGUACUGUUCAUCUUCAGAGAGAUUCCCAGGAUGUAAGAAAUCAAGUGCUGUGAGUGUCAUGCAGCUGACAGGUCUACAGGCGAAGCUGAGGGUCACAGCCGAGGCAGAAAUUCUUUAGACAAAACAGAGGCCAAUAAUCAGGGAAGUUUGGAGCUGUUUGCAAGAUCUACCGAGUUGGUUGCUCGUCCUGUCAAAAGAAGCCACCAUCUGGGACAGCAGCACACUGCCAGCAGCUGCCAUGGCCAGCAAAAGAAAGUCCACAACUCCCUGUAUGGUGAGAACUUCUGAAGUCGUGGAGCAGGAAGGUGCCGAGGGCGCAGAGACUCCUAAAGACAAGGGGACUGGUGCAUCACAGCAGGACUCAAAAAAAACCUGGCCUUCAGAAAACUCAGUCAAAGACUGCGAAGUGGUGGAGGCAAAGCCCCCAGGUGAAAAUCAGUCUAAGAAACCCCAGGGUGGUUAUGAGUGUAAGUACUGCCCUUACUCAACACAAAACUUAAAUGAAUUUACAGAGCACGUUGACACUCAGCAUCCAAAUGUCAUUCUCAACCCCCUGUAUGUCUGUGCUGAAUGCAACUUCACAACCAAAAAAUACGAUUCUUUAUCUGACCACAACACAAAAUACCACCCGGGAGAGACUAACUUUAAACUGAAAUUAAUUAAACGCAAUAAUCAGACUGUUCUAGAGCAGUCUAUUGAGGCCGCCACUAACGAUGUCACUGUCACAAGCAGUGGGCUAGAAAAUGCAGAGUGUGACGAUUCACAGCAUGGGGGAGUCAGCGCAAAUAAAGCGCCCGUGAUGAAACUGGGAAAGCCUAAAGGGGAAACCAAGAAGGGAUCUAAAAAGCCAGAAGAGGGAGGCACAGAAAACCACGUGGAUGGCGCUCUGCCCCGCAUCAUAACUGAAGCCACUGAAGCUAUUGCCUGUAUAAAUGGGGACCUUCUCCAUGAUGUGUUGGCCCAUGUCAUGCCCUCUGUACAGCUGCCACCAAAUAUCAACCUUGUCCCCAAGGUCCCCGUCCCUCUGAACAGUACCAAAUACAACUCUGCACUGGACACUAAUGCAACCAUGAUCAACUCCUUUAAUAAGUUUCCUUACCCAACACAAGCAGAGCUGUCGUGGUUGACGGCAGCAUCAAAACAUCCGGAAGAGCAAAUCCGAAUCUGGUUUGCUACGCAACGUUUGAAGCAUGGUAUAAGUUGGUCUCCUGAAGAAGUGGAGGAAGCAAGGAAGAAGAUGUUCAAUGGUACUAUCCAGGCAGUUCCCCAGACCAUCACCGUCCUGCCAGCUCCUUUGGCAACUGCAAAAAUGCCACAGCCCAUCAUCCAGACAGCUUUGCCUUGUCAGAUACUGGGCCAGACUGGCCUGGUUUUGACUCCUGUGUCAAAUGGUUCAACUGUUUCCUGUUCACCAAUUACACUUGCUGUUGCCCCAAACCAGGGACAAAAGAGGACAAUACAGACCUUAUCGAGUGCCCCAGAGGCCAAGCGUCCUCACAUAGUUCAGGUGCCUGAGAUUCCUGCCAAGAUGACUGCUGUUCCAGCGACCCCAGCCAGCGAGCGGAAAAAGACCAAGGAGCAGAUCGCAGAGCUGAAGGCCAGUUUCAUGGCAAGCCAGUUUCCUGAUGAUGCAGAAGUCUACCGGCUUAUAGAGGCAACAGGUCUUUCCAGGAGUGAGAUCAAAAAGUGGUUCAGCGACCACAGAUACAGAAGUCAGAGGGGCAUUGUGCAAAUUCCUGGUGAUGCUUUAGGGAAAGAUCAAAUCGCACCUUCAGCUGGUCGACAUGGCCGGUCAUUUCACCCAUACACAGAUUUUGCCCCCCAAAGAUUCAAAGAGAAAACUCAGGAGCAGCUUAGGGCCCUUGAGGAGAGUUUCUUAAAAUGCUCUUUUCCUACCCAGGGAGAAUUGGACAGACUUCGAGUGGAGACUAAGCUGAGUAGGAGGGAGAUAGAUUCAUGGUUCUCUGAGCGGAGAAAGAUAAGGGACAGCAUGGAGCAAGCUGUCUUGGACUCAAUGGGAUCAUACAGAAAAAUUAAGGAUCAAGGAACUCCCAAUGGUGCAUUAAGCCAGGCAGAACUUCUGGGUAGCUCUCAGCUCCCUGGUGCUUUAUCUGGGUCCUCCACCACAUUGAAGAAAACACAAGAGCAAAUUCAUCUAUUGAAAAGCACGUUUGCAAGGACCCAGUGGCCAUCACCCCAGGAGUAUGACCAGCUGGCAUCUCAGACCGGGCUCACGAGAACUGAAAUAGUUCGCUGGUUCAAGGAAAACCGGUCUUCACUAAGAACAGGGUCACUUAAAUGGAUUGACCAGUACCAGCAGCAAUAUGCUGGUGAUGGUCAUAACAAGCAAAGCCAGAAAAGGAGCUCAAAACACAUUGAGAGUCCAAAGAAUGGUAAUGAGGUGUCUCGGCAGCAUUACCAGGAGCAUAAAAAACUGAACGAAGAGAAUGGGGGGAAACCAGUGGUGAGAGCAAAAAGAGACUGCGAACCACUGAAGGACUCUUUGUUGGGGAAUCAGGCAGAGGGUGUGGACAGGCUGGAGUGCAACAACAGCCACGAUGGCCACGGCAGCGAGGAGAACGAGGAGCCAGCAGAGGUCAACUGGGUGGAGGUGACGGUGGGCGAGGAUGACGCUGCCUCGGACUGUACGGACAGCUGGAGCCAAACGGCCCCCGAGGGCCACACGGAGCUGCCAGACUUGGACUCUGAAAGUAUAUCUGGAGACAAUUCCCACGUAUAGACAGGGGUACUCCUCAGCUGCACUGUCCUGAUGUUGAAGGGGAAAUGCUCUCUGAAAAUAGAAGAAAACUCUAUUUUCCUGCCUGGGUGAGAGAGUGUGUUGUGAGUCCAAGUCUCAAACUGCGCUUGUGGAGGCACAGUGGGAAGAAAUACUCUCGUGGAGCAUCACCAUGGAAUUGUUGAUAGUGCCAAAGUCCUACUACUGCAUUACAAAAGAGAAGAAAGAGAGAGGAAAGGGUCCUUGUACAUAGUUUUCUCUUAGUUUUUCUCCCACCCACUUUCCUGCCCAGCCUCUUCCUCUACUGGAACAGAUUUGUACAACAUAAAAAUUUUGUUAAUUUUUCUAAUAAGUGCAAGUUAUUCUUGCGUAUAAUGCAAUUGUGAAAUUUUGGGGUUGGAUGGGGGGAGGGAAGUGUUUUUUGUGGAGGAGGGAGAUUUUUUUUUUUCCCCUGAAAUGUUUUAAGAAAGAGUUGCAAUCUUUUGGAGUUGUCUUGGUGCAGAUCAACACCUGAGCCCAUAUCCCCACUCCAGUUUACAUUUCAGACCAGUUAAUCAUGUUCUGGACCAGUGGGGCUUGUUUUUUUGUUUUUUUCUCUUGUUGUUUUGACUUUUUUGUUUUGUUCUAUGGCCACCUGCUACUGAUUGAAAUAUUUAAAUCUCUGCUUUUCCAUGCUCCUACAAGGCAAGUCUUCUCCAGCUCCCGUACUUCACUUUUCACCAGCCAGCCCCAGCUGUGGGUCUCUGAAGAUUUGGCUAGAAUGCCUUUUUUUAUGAUUGGUUUGGUUUUGGAGGGUUUUUUAGCACUUUUUGUUUAAACAUGCAGUAUAACUCCCAGAGGGGUUGGAAUGAGGAAAUGAAGAUGCUUCAUAAUCCAAAUUUAUUUGUGUUUCUUUGGCUGGUACAGUGAUGGACACCAUAACCAGCAGGCUGCCCUCCGGCUUUAGACAUUGUAGCGCACAACAGAAGUUUCUUAUUAACCCUUGCCACUAAAUUUUUAGAUCACUCUUAGGUUCCUGAGUGCACUUUUUUUCAAAUAUUGCUAAUUUGGAUUUGUGAGGGGAUGUCUGUCUGUGCAUGUGUGAGGAGGGAGCAGAGGGGAGCAGGAGCCUGGGUGCAAGAGCUGUUCAGUGCUCAUUCCUCUGACAAGCUGGGGUUGGAAAACUUGCCCGCCUUUCAGUACGCUGCACAAAUAGGAUGCUAGGGAGUUUGAAUAAAUCCAACUUUUCUAACUUGUUGCUCAUUUGUUGUAACUCAAUAAAACAAAGGCUAAAAAUUUUGGUAACUUUUUUCUCAACUCUUUUGUUUUACUCUAAAAUAAAUAAAUAAAACCCAAGAAAAUCACACCCCACCCAACCUCAGCU